AUGGACGUCAGCCACCACAAAACCCCAACUAAACGCAGCGUUUCGGGCUCACCCUCAGUCGACGAAGAAGAGGAAGCUGAGGAUGCGGAGGUGUGGGACCAGUUUAACCGCAGGUUCCGCGAGGUACAGGCCGUACUGGAUCGGAACCGAGCCCUGAUCCAGCAGGUGAACGACAACCACCGCUCUCGAGUCGCCGACAACAUGGUCAAGGUCGUUUCGCUUUACUCCGACCUCUCCUCCAAUUUCUCCACCUUCUUUCACCAUCGCAACGACAACGCCAACGCCAAGCCCACAAACUAG